AUGCAUCAUCAAUUACUUAAAGCAUUUCAAGAUUCCGCAAUCCAUGAAGUGGAAUUAAUUAUCAGAUUAAAUUUAAUGAACCUAAAUUGGAAAGGAGAUGAAUUGAGAACGAAAAUAGUUAACAGCGAUGAUACUAUUAAAAAUGUUCUGGAAUUGAUUGAUGAGACGUUCGCCUAUUUUUGUCCCCGAAAAUCUGCUCUUGAAAAUGAAAUCGUAAUUUGCGAUUUACGCGGCACGACAUGGCAUUGGUGUCGUAAAGUGAAAGGUAAAAAAGAGAAACCAGAGAAAAACAUUCAACAAACAAAGCAGCAGAACAAUUAUGGAUCGAGGCAAGAAUGUAGGUUGGCGAUGGAGGCAAAUUUCUUAUUGACCAGAGCCGCACUGUUCACUAUGAAUAAGUUAACGAAAAGCGUGAGUUCAAAUCAGAACAAAAUAUAUUUGACCUACAUUAACGAUAUAAAAGAUCCAAAAAUACAUCAAAAGUUAACACAAACGCACAUGACAUCGCGAGCAAAUAUCAAAUUACGUCGUUGGAUCAUGCAUGAAAAGGUUCUCGACAAGGAAUGUAAACACUCCUUGGAGCAUUUAAAUACGAAGGAAAAGCAAGUAAGAGAAAAGCAGAGGGAAUUGAAAACUAUUCAACAAACAGUAUUGCUACGAGAAUCACGAUAUUGA